GUUCACUUCCAAAGUUCCUCUUCUUGCACUUUCAUCGUGACUUGGCCUCCGGUUGCAGGUCGACUGCCUGCGCCCUGCGGUGAUGGCUAGCACCACGGAAGCCGCCACGGCUAACAUGACGACGCCAGGCUCCUCUCUAUCCCACCGACAUGGUACUAUCACCGUCAAUCAGGCCUACAAUGCUGUCCUCGGUGUCCAUCGAUACUCGAAGCGGUACCCAGCGACCCGCCGUUGUGGCAUAGACGAACAGGCCAACCGAGCCUUCUCUCCUCCUCGCCCCCUGAAUCCGAUAGCCUUUGUCACGCUGCCACCGAAGCAACAUCGCUCUCGCAAUCCACCUCAGCCCAAAGCCUCAUCUGGCUCGCACCAUGGAGGCUCGGCACCUCAACAUCAUAUCACGCAGCCUCAGCGCAGCGUCUCGACUCCCAACCCUCGUCAGCUCGGAGGUCGUUCUGAGUGCUUGUCCACUCAAUCGACUCACAAGUCCCUCAUUCGCAGCCACAGUGAUCAAUACCUCUCAAGCACGGCCCGUGCCCUGCCCGCUUUCGCCAAAUCCUUUGAUGGCGCAAAUGCUCAAGAUAGGGACACUCGCACCCCGCUGGGCAGCCGCUUCACAGGCACCGAAGUGCCCAUUCCUGAGGUGGCCCGCAACAUGCCAGCCAUCGUCCUUACUCGCCACAGACGAGUCACAUCACAGCGGAAGACCAGAAAGAUCGCCACCUCACAACGCAGCGCUGAACGCAAGAGACUUGAAGAUCAGAUCGCUCUGAUUCAAGCUCAAACUGAGGCCAAAGGAGAGAGAGAGGCCCAGUCCCCUCCGCCGCCUCCCUCGCCUCCUCAACAAGAGCAAUCUUCAGUACCGGCCGAGCCUACGCUCAUCUUGGCCUCAGUCAUCCCACCCACCGCUGUAGAGGACCUCUUCCCUCAUCAACGCCACAUACAUGGUCGCUUUGCCUCGCGACCCCCUCCCUUUGACGAGCGUCGUGACCCUGCUCACCUGCGUCGUGAGUAGCGUCGCAGCACAGCGCACGACGUGAAUGCACCCCGACUGACGCUUGCAACUCUGCUCAACUCCCUCUUCUAGCUCGCAAGCAGC